AUGAAGUCAACAUUAUUCCUCUGUCUAUUUUUUGCAGCUCCCUUACAUGCAGAAGAUCCCAAUACCUCUAUUGAAAGCGAAUACUCCAAAAUCUCCACAACAUGCUUCAGCUCAAGAGACCAUGAACUUCUAUUAGGAGACUUCAUAAAACAUGGCUCCGCACGCUUGAUUUCUUAUACUCUGUUUGGUUAUAGUGCGGCGACAAUUGGGCUUGAAGAGUUACGGAAGGCACUCGAUUUUGGGCCGGUUCGCCCAUGGACACGUUAUAAGUAUGGGGAACCUACUAAACAGGAACUGGAAUCAGCAUCAAGUUUAGAGGACUAUUACAACCUAAUUGAGCCGAUCAUUCAAAGUCUCGAUAAUGAUUUCUAUUUCGAGAAGAAUGUCCAUAUAGCGAUUGAUUAUUUGGAUAAGAGGCUUCCAUCGAUUCGCAACAUUUUUAGACGGAGAUUUGAAGAAGUGUCUAAAGGAUUGAAGAAGGAUAGAAAAUUAGUUGAUAUCAUGAAAGAUGAAUGGAUGGCGACGAAUAAAAAGAUUAGGAGAGCGAUUCUUGAAAUGAGGAGAAACGAUGACAAAUGUGUUGAGUGGAAUUGGUAG